GCAGAAUCAACCGUCAGGGUUCCCUCAUCACUCAUUGACCACAACACUUGGCCACAUUUGCCGCCAGUUCAAAACACACAAAGAGAUAUCCAAUAUUUCAUGCUAUUCGUGGAAACUUGGCACUGAUAUUGAAAAUCAUGGACACUACAUUCUCACAGACAGAUAAUUCUGUCACACAGAAAGCCCAUCCGAGACAGCAGCUCAGCAAGUCAAUGGAACACAUACGCUAUGCAGUCACAGUGGACCCAAUACCGCAUUCGGUGCAAAGCCCUGCGUCAGGAGCAACAAGUCCACCGACCUCGACCUCCACUCCCUCCACAGAACCACUCCCCGAAUCGGACGCGUACGGAGUGCCCGCCUCCUUUGCUCCUAUCCGCAACCCCUCGGCACGGUCCCAUUCUCCUUCCAAUAACCAGAAGCGUACCGAUCCUUUUGCCUUUGGCUCGCGCUAUCUCGAGGAAGGCGACGACAUCUUCGAAUUCAACGCCUGGGAUCACGUCACCGUCGACCCUUCGUACAACGCUUUUAUCGAACAGCAAUACGAGAAGCAGCGUGCCGAACCCGUGUCCGAGAAGGACCGUGAGCGCUAUAAUGCACAGCCGGAGAAAUUCUGGAACUUGUUCUACAAGAACAAUCGAGCCAACUUUUUCAAGAAUCGGAAAUGGCUCGCCCAGGAGUUUCCAAUACUGGACCAGGUUACAAAGGAGGAUUCUCCGCCGGCGAAGAUACUGGAGGUUGGGGCUGGUGCCGGGAACAGCGCGUUUCCCAUCUUAGCCAAGAACAAGAACGCCGGGUUGAAAAUCCAUGCAUGCGAUUUCUCGAAGAAGGCAGUCGAGGUCAUUCGAGCGAACGAAGCCUACGAUGAGAGGUUCAUCCAAGCCGAUGUAUGGGAUGUCGCAGCAUCUCCCGACAGCGAAAACGCUGGAUUGCCGCCCGGCGUCGAAGAGGGCAGCGUAGAUGUCGUGCUUAUGAUCUUCAUUUUCUCAGCGCUGAGUCCGAAACAGUGGGAUCAGGCUGUCAAGAAUAUCUGGAGGGUGCUGAAGCCGGGAGGGCAAGUGUUAUUCCGAGACUACGGCAGGGGGGAUCUGGCGCAGGUGCGGUUCAAGAAGGGAAGGUGGAUGGCGGAGAACUUCUAUGUCAGGGGUGAUGGGACAAGAGUCUAUUUCUUCGAGAAGGAAGAAUUGGAGAACAUCUGGGGCGGGGAGCGAGACAAGCAUGGAAGGAUCAUCACCGGUAAGAAAAGUGAGGGGGACGCACUACUCGAAGACAAACUCGGGAAGCUUGAGCUUCAAGACGGUGGCGAUGACCCUGAUGAUCAGGAAGCCACGAAUGCGACGGAAGACGGGAAACUGGACGCUACACCAUCAUUCGAAGUCGUCCACAUGGGUGUUGACAGGCGCAUGUUGGUGAAUCGCCAGCGGAGACUUAAGAUGUAUCGUUGCUGGAUGCAGGCGGUGUUCCGAAAGGCUGGUGAUCAGAGUGAGAUCGCCACGAGUACACUGCGAGAGGAUAAGGCAGUGGAAGAGAAGGCAGAGUGGGGGGAAAAGCUUGAUUAGAGCUCUGUAAGAUACCCAUGGAUAGUAAAACUUCACAACUGAUCAACCCGCCUGGACCAGAACAGGAGACAAUUUACGGUUUACUACCGUCGUUCCUCCAGCACAAGACUCCAGAAGCCCGAAU